AGAAAACUCAGCCCCUCUUGUCUGGCCACCUUCUUUCUCUGGAUCAGAUCAACUUUGAUCCCGAACCCACGGAGCUCUGAUAUAUCUUUCCUCUGCCUCUAUUAUUAUGAUCAAACACUGCCCACUACAUAAUCCCAUACACGGUAUAUGCAAAGAUUUUUUGUGGUGGUAAUUAAAUCGUGAGCAGGAUAUUAGCUGUCCUGACUCUCAACUCUCUCUUCGCUUCUCUCCCUCGGUUCUUUCCUUUUCAAAUCCCCCCCGUCGAAUAGAGUUGAAGCACCCCACAUCACAUGUGAGAGCAACCGACAACCCCAUUUCCCCAUUUACCCAUCUCAGUAAUUAUGUUGGGUUUUCUCCAUAAUAGUUUAUUAACUUUUGGGGAGCAACUAGUGCUUUGCGUAGAAGGAAGAUGAAGGCUUUUGUAUUCGUUUGUUUAUUCUGAGUAUUUCCUCUAAAUUUAUUUCUUGGAAAGGGAAAGGUGAUCUUGGGGGGAUUUGGAAGGCAGGGGAGAGAUGGGGGUGCUGAGUACUUUGCUGGGUUUCUGUGGGUUUGGGGUUGGAGUUUGGGGUGGAGUUGUUGUCGGCUACUAUCUCUUCAUCUAUUUUCAGCCCACCGAUGUUAAGCAUCCUACAGUUCGACCACUUGUUGAACUUGAUUCAAAAACUCUGGAGCAGAUGCUUCCUGAGAUUCCCUUAUGGGUGAAAAAUCCAGACUUUGAUCGGAUUGAUUGGCUAAACAAGUUUAUUGAAUAUAUGUGGCCUUAUUUGGACAAGGCAAUCUGCAAGACAGCUAGGGAAGUAACAAAGCCAAUUAUCGCUGAGAAUUGUGCCAAGUAUAAAAUUGAAUCCAUUGAAUUUCACACUUUAACCCUCGGUUCACUUCCACCGACUUUCCAAGGAAUGAAAGCUUAUGAAACAGAUGAGAAAGAGUUGAUUAUGGAACCAUCACUGAAAUGGGCUGGAAAUCCGAAUAUUAUUGUGGUGGUUAAAGCAUUUGGAUUGAAGGCAACCUUACAGGUAGUAGAUUUGCAAGUCUUUGCUAUACCGCGAAUUACAUUGAAGCCUUUGGUUCCUAGUUUUCCUUGUUUUGCAAAAAUCCUCGUCUCGUUAAUGGAAAAGCCACAUGUUGACUUUGGACUAAAACUUCUGGGAGCUGAUGUUAUGGCAGUUCCUGGUCUUUAUAGAUUCGUGCAGGAGACUAUCAAGAACCAAGUAGCAAGCAUGUAUCUAUGGCCCAAAGCACUAGAAGUGCCAAUUAUGGAUCUUUCAAAUGCUAUGAAGAAACCUGUUGGACUUUUGCACGUUAAAGUCAUCAGGGCAAAUAAACUUAAGAAGAAAGACCUUAUGGGUAAAUCUGAUCCUUAUGUGAAGCUAAAGCUUACAGAAGACAAGCUCCCAUCGAAGAAAACGAAAGUGAAGCACAGUAAUCUCAAUCCUGAAUGGAAUGAGGAAUUCAAGUUUAUCAUCAAAGAUCCAGAUUCUCAAGCCCUUCAGAUAAGCAUUUAUGACUGGGAAAAGGUUGGUAAACAUGAUUUAAUGGGAAUGAAUGUCGUGCCAGUGAAGGAACUUGUACCUGAUGAGCCGAAAUCUAUGACGCUGAACUUGCUAAAAAAUAUGGAUCCUAAUGAUCCUCAAAAUGAAAAAUCACGUGGAGAGGUUGUUGUGGAAUUGACAUAUAAGCCCUUUAAGGAGGAUACGACAACCGAGAUGGCUGAUGAUGGAAAUGGGGUAGAAAAGGCUCCUGAGGGCACUCCAGAAGGUGGUGGUGUUCUCGUAGUUAUUGUUCAUGAAGCUCAAGAUCUUGAGGGGAAACACCACACAAAUCCGUAUGUGAGAAUUCUUUUCAAAGGAGAGGAGAGGAAAACGAAGUACAUCAAGAAAAACAGAGAUCCAAGAUGGAAUGAAGAGUUUCAGUUUACAUGUGAAGAACCACCGAUUAAUGAUAAACUUCAUGUAGAAGUCCUUAGUAGGCCAUCUAGUCUUGGCAUUCACUCCAAGGAGACCUUGGGCUUUACUGAAAUCAACCUUGUAGAUGUCGUCAACAACAAGCGAACCAACGAGAAGUACCAUUUAAUCGAUUCUAGGAAUGGUCGUAUUCAAAUAGAGUUGCAAUGGAGGAGCACUUGAGAACUACUAGCAGAAAUUUCAAAAGAGAAGAGAAUAGUGGUUUCAUAGGAGAUUUGUUGUCUGCGCAAAGCCUUGAAAGCUUUAUGCGCUCCAUGGUAAAGAUUGCCCUUGUACAUAAAAUGCUCGAUUGCUUCCUGUUUCUUUAAGCAUUUGUAAGUUCGGUGUUGUUUGUGACGGCAAAUUCUAGGAAAAUCCUUUUAUGGUACUGUUAUCUGUGUAAUUGUUUGCUCGCUUUCCACAAAUAUUGGGUUAUAGCAAUUUCCUUGUACUUUUGAGGAAUAUUUACUUA